AUGGUCGUCUCCUUCAAGCUCUCCCGCCGCGGCCGCCGCUUCUACCCGCCGCCUCCCGCCUCCGCCCCCGCCCCCGCCGCCGACGCCUCGCCGAAGCCGCCGCCGACGCUGACGCUGUGGGAGGUGAGCACCCUCGCCGCGUCUCCCCCGUACGGACACUCAGCAUCUGGAACGACCGUGCAGGCGGGGCCGGGGCUCGGUGGCGGCAGCGGCGUCGCCGCACGAUCGUCGGCGCACGGCGGGGACGGAGCCGAUCCUGCCGAUUUCGGCCUCGAGCCGUCCUUUGCGCUGAACCUGUUUCCGGAUGGGUACUCGGUCGGUGGGCUCGACAAGGGAAUGCUUGUGUUUCUGAUAGGUGAUGAUCCAGAGAGGAAGCCCUACACCAGGGCGUCCAGAGCUCUGAUGUCUGAUAUUGAGUAUGGCUGCUUGCCUAAAGAUAUGUUGCACGGUAUCCCUUGCAAAUUCCAAAAUGGAAUUGUUGUUUGUGAGGUGCGGGACUACAGGUCCUUCCUGUCGAAUGGGAAUGAUUCUUCAGAAGACGACUUCCCCAUAAUGAACAGAAUUGCUCUUAGAUUGGGCACUGAAUGCGUCGUCAAUGAUCUAUCUUUGAUUGCGGAUGCUUCGUGGACUUAUCCCGAGCAAUUGAUUGCUGAGUCGACCAUCAUUAAUUCCUUGCAACCCAGGCUUAAUUUGGACCCUAAGCCAUGCCUUGAAAAGCUUUGCAGCUCUGUUAAGAAGAUCGAUUUAGGUCUGCAUAUGGGAAGACAACGAAUGAAAGAGACGUCUCCUCUCAAUACUUCUCCUGCCCCUCCUGACAAAUGCAAGCCCAAGGAAUGCGACUCCUGUGAAGGUGCAGCAGUAUGCAUUGAGAAUUCAGCUCUAGAAGUCUUGCCAAGCGGAAUACUGAGCUGCUCGCCAGUGAACUGUCCAUCACCUCCCCAAGUUAACAGUGCCAAAUCAACUGCAGUGUCUGAUCCCGAAGAUACUACGCAAUGCUCUUCUUCCAUUAUCAACAGUUCUGCCUUCUGUGACAGAGAACAAAGUGCAUCAAGUACUCCUGCUUCUGAUAAUUUUCUUCAGAAUCAUGAUCGGCAUCAGGUGGACUUAGAUAUCAUGAAGGUUGAUCAUAAAAAGGGACCGUUGCUAACAGAGACAGUUCUACCACAAAAGAGAAAGGAGUGCUCAAAUCUUCUACAUCAAAGGUUGUUUUCAGUGAAAAGUGCAAGGUUGAGUUCCCAAAGUUCCGAUGGCCAGUUUCAAAAGUCAGCGGGGGCUUCAAAUAAACAAGGUCUUAUGCUAGGAUCUCCAAAAGAACCAUCGGUUGAGGACAAGGUAGAUCAGGCAAUUGGCAACAAGGACAUGGAAGUACAUCAACAGAAGUCCUUCUCAACUCCUUCCUUGAACACAAAGGAUCCAUGUUCAGAAAAAUUCGCCGAAAAGGUUAAGCAGGGAUCUCGGAAAGAACUGCCAGUUGAGGUUAUGGCUGAUCAGACCAUGGGCAAAAAGGACAUGAGAUUACAGGACCAGAAGCCCUUCUCAGUUGUCCCAACAAAUCACCCACUUCCUUCCUUCAACAGAAAUGAUCCAUGUUUAGAACAGUUCCCUGAAAAGGUUAAACUGGGAUCUCCAAAAGAGCUGCCGGUUGAGGUCAAGUUAGAACAGGCAAUUGGCAGAGGAAAGGAAAAUGAGCCCCUGUCAAUACUCCCGACCACUCUUCCACACUCUUCCUUGAACAGAAAUAGUCUGCAUGUAGAAAAAAUCCCUGAAAAGGUUCACUCUUCCGAUACAAGGAUGAGAGAAAGUCAUCUGGUCUCAUGUGUAGAUGUGGAGAAUCACGGAGGAGAGCUCAAAGACAGUUCAGUGACCCCUGUAACUUCCUGCAAUGCAAGUUCAAGAAAUGCAGAUGGCAAACCUCAGGAGGAUACAGCUUCUAUGGAGCCCCAACCUACUACUUCAAACAUAAAAGUAUCAGGAACUUCUACCAGUUCUCUGAACGAGCAAAUCAAUUUCGAAGGAAACGGGCAGAAACAAGCUGAUAUUCUGGUCAGGCGUUCGUGCGAGGACAGAAGCUCAAAAGAGCCAGGUGUUACUGAUGGUGCUAGCAGUCAAUUUGGUAUUUCUCCAGAUAUUAAAGUGUGCAUUGGACACCCUUUAUAUAACAUUGAACCUAACAUAGAAAGGAUUCUAUCAGAGGUCAUCCUGACCACCCAGAGGCAUGCACCAGACGGGAAUGCUGCUAAAAUUGAUGGUGUUGAAACAUUGGCGCCAGUGAAUUCCUGCUCACCAUCUUGUUUCAUUCGGUAUGAGGGUGCUGAGGGAAGUCCAUACACGCGGGAAGAGACCAUUUCAUGCUGUCUGACUAGGAGAACGAAACAUACUCGAAAUAUCAGAAGCCUGGUUUUUCACCAUGUACAGUAUUUCUGUAGAGGUAUAGUUGAUCAAUCUCAUUACAUACUUUGCCUUCUUGAGUCUGAAUCACCGGAGGACCAUCAAAUAGCUGUUGAAAUGAUAUCAGGAGAUGAGCGUUUUCACAUCGCUAUUCUUCCCACUUCUGAUCAAGCAAAGAAGUUUGUGGAUCAAUCCAUUCUUCUGAUGAAACGGGAUGGCUACACACUAUGCAACUCUACGAUCUGUAAUGGAUUCCCUGAACUCACACAGCAAUCCGCAGACGUAUCUCAGCCCGGCUAUCUGACUGGAGAACAUCCACAGUACCAGGGGCUCUCGCCUUCUGUUGCGAAAAGCGUUGUGAUUAAUGAAUGUAAGGAUACAGGUUUUGCCUCAGAGAAGAGGCCCCCAGAUGUACAUGCCAAUGCUCGGCAGCAAGGGAGCCAGCAGUGGGGACUGCCAGAUGUACAUGCCAAUGUUCUGUAUCAAGGGAGUCGGCAGUGGGGCCUGACAGACGGGCAUGCAAAUGCCCAGCACGAAGGGAGUCAGCAGUGGGGGAUGCCAGAUGCACACAGAAAUGCCAUGCAGCAAGGGAGUACUCGGCAGUGGGGGCUGUCAUAUGCGCACACAAAUGUUCCACAACAAGGUGGUAACCAGCAAUGGGGGCAACCAUAUGCACACACAAAUGUUCCGCAGCACAGGAGUAACCAGCAGUGGGGGCAACCAUAUGCACAUGCAAGUGUUCCGCAGCAAGGGAGUUACCAGCAGUUGGGGCAGCCAUACGCACACACAAAUGUUCAGCAGCAAAGGGGUAAUCAGCAGUGGGGGCAAACACAUGCACACGCAAAUGUUCGGCGCCAAGGGAGCCAGAAGCAAUGGGGGCAAACAUAUGCACACACAAAUGUUCGACGCCAAGGGAGCCAGCAGCAAUGGGGGAUGCCAGAUGCUCAUGUGAAUCUUUGGCAUCAAGGGAAACAGCAAUGGUCGCUCCCAGAUGAUCAUAGUUCAAAGAGCCAGCAGCAAUGGGUACAGCCAGAGCAGCAACACCCAACGUCGGCAAACGUCGACGCAUCCCACUUCUCGAACCCCGGUUACCCAGUUGAGCAGCAGUACAGCAGCAGAGUCUUCCAGGACCAGAAGCGGGCACCAUUAUCGGGCGGGGCGUGCUCGACGGAUCAGCACCAGCACCACUACUACCCCCAAAGCAGACAGGAUACACCAGGAGUGUCCGGCGAGAGAUGCACUAUGACCACAAGCAUGGGCGCAGGCAGCUAUGGCCAGUGGCACCAGGCUCCGACUCCUCCCCCGCAGCAGCACGACGGUAGGACGUACCGGUGGGGUUUCCAGGAUUUCGGCAGGCAGGUGCAGAUCAACAACCUGCCUCCAAUGCAGGCCGGGAGGAGCGCGCUGCUGUCAGGGCUGCACCCCGCUGGAAGCCCGCAGGCGAGCUCUCCGACCACCGGCUCCGAUGGCAGCGUCACAAGCACGUUCCUGGUGCCUCCCAGCGGCUACCACCAGUACCCGCCGCCGCCGCCGCUGGCGCAUGGGAUAUGCUGAAGGGCGACGUUAUCAAGUAUGGUUUCAUUGGUGCGGCGCGCUUUUGGUGCAGGUUAAAAGUACAGGAAGUACUUGCAUGCAGCAUAUAGGUUACGGAUACUUUUGGUCGAGAUGGAUGAAGUUCCUUCUUUUGUUUCGCGCUUCGCUGGUGGAUAUAUAGCAGUGCACGGUGGUUUGUCUAUGCUCUGGUAGCCUUUAGCCUGAUGGCUACAUUUUUGCGAAGUACCAAGGGGUAGGCAUGCUUAGGAUGGGUCACUGAUGUUUUUGCUUGCAGCAUUCUGUCAUUGGCAUCUUGGUGGUUGCUUGAGGCUCCUCCUGGGCGGCUAGUAUAGAUUAUGUAAACUUUUUCCCAGCGGCUACAUUUUGUUCCUUUUGUUCAUACUUUGUUCAGCGACCUGAACUCAAUUAUAGAUUACGGAUAGAUUAUGGAAACUGCUAUUUUUUCUUUUUUUGCGGAGCGCAAGGGAUAGCGGGAUACACAAACUUGAUGAGAGGGAUAU